AACAAUUAACACAACUACAUUAACACUCACGAAAUGACCGCCCACGCUCUGCUUUCCUCGAUAUUCACCUCGCUGGCUCGCUCCCCGCGUCGCUGGUCGCUCACACGCACCCUGCAAAGCGACAACCCGCUCGACAUCCACGGCGAACUGCACGGCACUGCGACCUUCACCCUCCUCCCCCCGACCGAAGACACCGUCAGCAACGCCCACAAUGCCCUCACGAACAAGCAACCCACAGAGCAGGUGCAGAUGCUGUACCAUGAAGAAGGCGUGAUGCCCACCACCGCCGGGCUGGGUCCUAUGGCCGGUCUUCGCUGGACGAAACGGUACAUCUGGCGCCAGAGCGAGGGGCGGAUCAGCGUGUGGUUCGUGAAGGUGCAAGAGAAGAGAAAAGAAGCCAAUAAGGAUAAAAGUGCAGAUACAGAUGUAGAAGCAGAAGCAGAGGCAGAAGCAGAUUAUCUGUUCCACGACUUUGAAGUCAACACGGAUGCGAAUCUCGAUUCUAGCCUCUUCGUCACCCCUCCCGUACCACCUCCCACCCUGGAACAAACAACAGUCAUCACCGCGCGAGGGAAUCAUCUCUGCAUCAACGAUAUGUACCGUACGGCGUAUGCGUUCCGGGUCCGGCCGGAAACAGGCGAGGUCGUCAGCUGGGCAAGUCGGCAUGUUGUCAAGGGACCCAAGAAGAACCAGGAUAUCGUCAACGUGUACACUUUGCUGGCUGGCUGAGGGUAUACUUUGGUCUACAGAAUUCUAUCACAGGAACCCGUUCAACCGUUUUCCAACUACCGUGUACAUACACCGAUAUCUACACUCCACACAUUCCCUGCCGGGGCAUCUCUAGCAGCCCGUACUUCGGUUCCGCGUCCAGCAGUGAACCGAGAGAGAGGCAUACGGGCUUCCGUUAAGGAUCGACUGUAUAAAGGCAGAAUGUAACUACUGUACAGCUAGAGUGCUGCUACAAAAUGAACUGAAUGACU